AUGAAGGGUCUGUUUGUGCUGGACAUUGACGACGAAAUUUGGCAGGAUACUGGCUUGGAAGAUUCACUUGACGGCACCACCACGGAUCCACCACGGUGGCUUUGCGAUGAUCUUGUAAGGUCCGGAAUCCGUGUGCAAUUAGAGCUUGAUAGGUGCAUUGAAGAGGAAGACUGCAUCAAACAUGAACGUAGGGCACUCCAAAAUUGGUAUUCAGAGGAGUGGAACAUUCUUUGUUCUGCCUAUGGUCAUACAGAUUCAUCGGAGUUACGCUAUCAGCUUCAGUUAUGA